AUGGACUUCCUCGGCGACACCUCACAUCUUGAUUACAAGCCUAUAUCGCCAGUAUGGCCCACUGUAGUUCCUGAAGAUAUGAAACACGUUCAGAGCAUGAUCGCCAAUGAAGCUCUCGCCAUCGAGCUCGAGCAAGCACGGAUGAGGUUACUUAUCCCUCAGUACAGCAAGAUGAUGUGGGAUGGAGCGUGUCUUGGUGAGCUAUCACACAAAGAAACAGAACUAAAGGGAGCUUCAACGAAUCUCAGAAGCCGCGUUCAAAAUUAUGAAGCUUAUGUGGCAGGAUGGAAUAACACGGUCGGGAGCGUGGAACAGAAGGGAGAAAAAAGGAAGAGGGCUGCCGAGGAGGGAGGGAGUGAUGAGAGAUCCCCGCCGCGCGCCACCAAGGCGAAGACCUCCGAGAUGAAUACCAUGUCUGAUCCGCCUCGAUUCGAAGAAUCGUCUUCCGCCAUUCCACGUCCUAUCGUACAGAACCGGUAUAAGUCUGUUCGCAACGUCGACCCCAAGACCAUCAGUGUCGGCGAUAUCGGCUGGGCGCCGCUACCACGCAUGGCCCUAAGCAGUUCGACCAACAAGACCAUACCAUCCGAGUAUGGCAAGGUGAGCAUCAAGGUCUAUCCGUUUAUCAUCGUCAAGAAGCUGGAUGACUGCAUGCUCGGGGUCGUCAUCUCAACUGCCGGAGGCCAGGGUCUCAAGACGAAGAGCGCCUCCGUACGCCAGCGAAGCUGCUACGUCACUGGACCCAACUUCAAGGGAUUUGACGAUCCACCUUUCGGCUGGGCGAUGAGCCCUAGAUGUCAGAACUUGGUGGUUGCGGGGACAGGCUAUGAACCUGCACCAGGCGCUUUUGUUGAUAUGCUGGACAGUCACAAGAUCUACUACAAUUCCAGGUUUGAGAAGAGUGGGUGCCUUACGAUCCAGAGUAGAGUCGACCUGGGACGAAUGAGGCUGUCGGCACUGCUUUGGGGUGCGAGUGAGGGCUGA